AGGGAGGAAGGAAAGUUUGGUUUAAUAAUCACAAUAUUCACGUCGUUUUGUCUGUUCAUCUUCACAGUUGACCACGUCCCCCUCGCUCGCUUUCAGCAAGAAAGAUGGAUCAGCAGAGCAAAAUCGAGGAACCUCUGCUCUUAGAGAAGAGCGAGGUGUGGAAGUCGUACCAGUACUUGGGAAGGUCUGGUUCUGCAAUUCCUACGACGCCUUUGGCUGGAAAUGAAGUCAGCGUGGACGAGAUACGCUCUGCGGCUUCUUCCGAUCUAUACUACCCUCCUUCUCUCCAUGCUCCCUUGAUCAGCUCGCCGGAGCCGAACCCUAAUGAGCAAGCUAUUGUUUAUCAGGGUGAAUAUUAUGGUGGCACUUCUAAUGAUUAUCAGAGGCAAAUACUGAAUGAAGUAGAAAUAAGAGAACUGCUUAUUGAUCAUGUCGGUCAUCGUUGCUGUUGGGGAAGUCUUCCGGCUCGGACCUGGAAAAUUCAUGCAGUGGAAGACUGUAAUGUGUAUGUUGGAACUUUAGAAACUUUCAUUGAGGAGAGGCAGAAUGUAAGAGAAGUAGAGCCAUAUCUCGGUGGCAGUAUAGAUGGAAAAGAUAAGGGGCCUGAACUUGGAAUUUGGGAAUUAGAUUUAAGGUCUGAAUUCCCAGUUCUAUUCACCCCUCAUAAAGAAUCACGAGCCAAAAUUCCUCAUUCUGAAGCUAUUGAGAAAUGCUCCGGUUGUUCAGGACGAGGAGAUAUUGUAUGUGCCACUUGCAAUGCAGAUCAAGAACCUGGAUUUUACCAGGGAGAUCGAAUGAACCGGUGUCCUGCCUGUUUUGGGAGGGGACUGAUUGCUCACAGAGAUGGAUCGGAUACAAAAUGUGUAAAGUGUGAUGGCAAGGGGAUGAUUCCUUGUGCAACCUGUGGGUCUCGUGGCCUAAUUAAAUGUCAGAUGUGUAAAGGCAGUGGCUCCCUCUUGACACAUAGCAUUGCCAUUAUAAGAUGGGAGACACAUUCUACUCGAAAAGUAAGUGCAACUAGUGGAGCAGCCUCAGUCCCAGAUGAGGUCUUCCACAGAGCCAAAGGCGUACAGUUGUUGAACACUCAAGCCUAUCAGUGCACCCCUGCGUAUUUUGCUGAUUCGUACUUCCUCAACAAGUUUUCCUCGGAGGUAAUUGCGGACAGGACCCCAGUACCCCCCACAGCCCGGGUCAUAUGCGAGAGGCAUACCAUUUCUGUUGUGCCGGUAACUCAUGUUACCAUGCAACAUCCCAGACACAACCGGACUUUCGGGUUCUACAUCAUCGGUUUUAGCAGAGAGGUUUACCUGAAGGAUUACUAUCCGGCUCGGUUUUGCUGGGGCCUGUGCCCGUGCCUGGCGUGGUUGAAGUUAUGAUUCUGCAAGUUUUCCAUCGUCACUCGUCAGAGAUGCACACACACAGCGAGCUUGUUGCUGUUGUUUUCUACAUUUUGGUGAAUUGUUUGGUAUUGUAAAUUUGUAAUAGCAGCUUGUUGCUUUUAAAGAACUUUGAAAGUGAUUGUUUUAUGAAUUUGUUUCCGGGAUUAGAUUGCAGCAGAGCUGCUGUGUUUAUGGGUUUGCGAGAGUGGUAUUUGCCAUGCUUUAUUUCUUUCUUUAUAACCAGUGAAUAAAACAGGAAGUUUACAUAGAAUUUUUACGUCAA